GAAUGCUGUUAGGGGGAGGGGAGAAGGAAGGAAGGAAGGGGGCGGGACGAGCUUUGAGCGACGCUGCUGCUGCUGCUGCUGCUUAUGCGGCUCCCCGUCCCGUCCCGUGGCCCUGCCUUCCCUUCCUUUCGCUGGUGGCAUCGGAGCGGGCGGGAUCUGCGCACCGGGCUGGGCGCAGGGCGGGGCGAGAGGCGAUCUGUCUUUGCGUGAGUGCCACAUCUCGAGCACGGCCCAUCGACAAGUGCAUGCAUGGCAGCGGCCGCAGCAGCACGACUCUCGUUAGCUCGUUGGUAGAAUACUGGUCGAGCUUCCGGGCAAUUGUUCGCACCAACCAGGCCGCGGAGCCGGCUUUGACGCUUUGCUCUGGCGUCGUCGGCCGAAUGCGUGAUAUUUUUGGUAUUCUAAGCUUCUGCGUGGUGUGCUCGUUGUUGUAGCCUGACUCGUCGAGCUGCCCCGUGGGCUGAAUUUCUCCGCAAAGAAUGACGAGCGAGUGAAGCCCGGGCCGACGCAAGGAGGCGGCCAGCGAGUGGAAGUCGCGACGACCGGUGAUGGGGAGCCGAAACCGAACCGAUCCGAGUGAAGUCCGGUGCGUAGUCCGGGCGACGAUGUAGAGUGCCGAUAGGGGGUGCAAAGGGGACAUACCGCAAGUGUGGUUACGAAUUUUGAGGCUCGCCUGCGGACGCUUCGUGACGGAUCGGCUGUACAGGAAUCUUUACUCGAAUUAGCACAUUCGGACCCAACAAGGGACCUUUGGAAUUUGCGUGGAUUGCGGGUAGUCAGGAACAACAAGCUUCUUUUGAAUGUCAGGUUCUUGAAAUCUGCUUGUCAUGGACAAGCAAAUCGCUGCAGGAAUUGAAUUUAGCCGCGAAAUUCUGUACCUCGAGUAAGUUCAGCUGACUGAUCAAAGAGGAAAAUCAUGGCUUGAAUGGUCAUAAUCUACCUUUCAACAUUACGGGAAUGGAGUUGUGAGGAGUUCGGAUCAGAGGAGGGCCAGUCUCAGGGCAGGAACAGCAGAUUCUGCUUCUCUUCGGAUCGUCAGGUUCUUUCAAACUCCAGGGCGGAAGAUGAGAGGCAGCAGAGUUGAUGAAUGUGGUGACGUGAAGCGAGUUGAAGGUUGGCUGUUCUUGAUAGCAGCAAGGAGGUUGCGAGGACAGUUUCCGCACAAGCGCUACUUCGUUCUAGAAUCGGGAAUUGCAUCGUGCUACAGAGCAAAGCCUUCAAAUCAAGAUGAGGUUCCGAUAAGGAAAGGGAUUAUUGAUCCUUAUACGCGAGUUGCAGAUAAUGGACGGGAGUCUAUACAUGGCCAAGUGCUCUUUGUUUUUACUGUCUAUGAUUCUUUUGAUAAUGAAAAUCAGCUCAAGUUUGGCGUCAGGAGCGCAGAAGAAGCUGCGAAAUGGAUGAAUGCUUUCAAAGCGGCUGCCGAGCAGGGUCCAUCCAAAGGGAAAGUUGGCGCUUUUGUACCUUCGUCUGGGAAGAGACGACUUCCUUUCAGGAGAAGAAGCAACUCUGGUCUAGUCAGUUAUCCAUCUAAUAGUCAAGAAGCGUUUUCCCCGGACGAUGGAGGUGUACCAGACUGGACAGGGGCUUUGUCUUUCAAAGAAGGAUCUCCAGAUGUUGUUGCGACAUCUCCAUGGCGUAUAAUAGGAUGUAAAAACGGUUUGCGAAUAUUCACCGAGACAACUGAUCAUCCGGGGUUUGGGUUAAUGAACAUGCUCAAGGAAGAUCAGCCAGCAUUGAUGGCUGUCGGUGUUGUAAAUGCUUCGUGUGAGUCCAUUUUUGAGACAGUGAUGGCGUUGGGACAAUCACGAGCUGAGUGGGAUUUCUGUUAUUUACGAGGAAAUGUCAUUGAACACAUAGAUGGGCAUACAGAUGUCAUUCACAAACAGUUUCAUACACGUUGGAUCCCUUGGCGUAUGAAGCCUAGAGACUUGGUUCUCCUUCGGUACUGGCGUCGAGAGGAUGAUGGUUCUUACGUCAUUCUGUAUCGAUCAGUUAAACAUGCGAAAUGCCCGCCACGCCGAGGUUUUGUUCGAGCCAAACUUAAAAGUGGUGGCUAUGUGAUAUCCCCGCUUCAGUCCAAUGGUUCUCAACUUAAUCGUUCUCUGGUAAAACAUAUGAUAACCGCUGAAUGGAAGAUAUGGUCCUCGUGCUUGCAACCAAUUUGUGCGCAAGAUAUCACUCUUCGGGUUCUGGAGCGAGUCGCAGCCAUAAGAGAGUUGUACAAAGCGAGGUCAACUGUAUCUAUGCUGGUCUCCUCGCCUUCUACAGAUACUUUGGCAAAAGAUGCGAUCAAUGCCAACGGUACAGUGAAAUCUGCUCAUGAAGGCAAAGGGGGUGACGGAGGGCUCAACUUUGCCAUGUCUCCUGAGCCUGCCAAAUCUCCAAGUAACCUUGGUGAAGGUAAUAGUCCAUUUCUCCAACUAGGAGAUGGAGAUGAGUUUUAUGAUGUACAAGAGGACGCUUCAUGGUGGAAGGAUCCUGAGAACUUCGACGGGCCUAGAAGAUACAGGGAGGUCGAAGGGAUUCUUGAAGAGGAUGACAAACACAAGGACUGUAAGUCUCCUGGGGGUUCCAAGCUUUCUGCUGCAGCUACCAUCGUCAAACGCCUGCACGAUCUGGCAUCUUCAGUGCAAAAGAAACAGCACAAUGAGGUUGGAAUGAAUGAUGAAGACGUAGUGGAGGUUCUUAGCAAAGAGGGUACUCUUUUGAGAGGUGGAGAUGCUGUAACGGGCAGCUGCUGGAACACUGCAGAUGCAGACACGUUUCUUAUUCGUGGCAAGCAGUACUUACGAGAUAAUCGAAAGGUUAAAGCAGAGCAACCAUGGAUGCAGUUUAUAGCCGCUGAUUGGUUCAAGUCCAACAAGCGCGAGGAUCAUCUUGCCAGUCGGCCAAGUAACUUAGUGCAGACUAUUUCAUCCAAGUUUCAGAAAACUCCUGGAAAAGGUGGUCCGCCAUAUUUUUUCAUAAUCAAUCUUCAAGUCCCGGGGACAACAACUUACUCCUUAGUUUUGUACUACAUGACACACAGACGUCUAGAAGAUGAUCCUAUACUCGAAAAAUUUGUAAAUGGAGAUGACAGAUUACGAAAUUCACGGUUCAAACUUAUUCCCCACAUAGCCAAGGGUUCUUGGAUAGUCAAGCAGAGCGUGGGGAAAACAGCGUGUUUGAUAGGUCAAGCUUUAACCAUAAAUUAUCACACCGGGAGCAAUUAUAUUGAGCUGGAUGUAGAUAUCGGAUCUUCAUCUGUCGCGAAGGGUGUGGUGAAUCUUGUCCUGGGGUACCUUAGCAAGCUAGUAAUUGAAAUGGCUUUUCUCAUACAGGCCAACACCGAAGACGAACUACCCGAACAUCUUUUGGGAACAUGUAGACUCUCUUAUCUGGACAUAAACAAAGCAGUGCCAGCUAUACCGGAGUGAUUACAAAGUAAACAUUGUUUUAAUGUAGAAUGAAUUUGCUACCCCCAAAUGAGUUACAGCAGCGGGGUAAUAGUGCCAAUAGGGAAAUAUUCAUAUUGUAAAACAGAGCAUGUAUUUUAUUGUAGUUACAAAGUCGAGUCAUCUUACUAGUUUGUUCAGAUGGAAUGAGCGUUUUGUUAGGAACACAGUUGACACGAAGAAUAGUUAGAUUUACUUAAAGGAGAAAAACCUGCAUAAUUGAUCUCAUUUUUACUUAAAUGAGUACAUGUUUAGAACUUCAGAUUGAGCAAAUUUUCACAUGUGCUUUGU